CUUUUCCUGGUCCAAAUUGUCACAUGACGAGAGGGAAGCCUGGCUCCGGAUAACUAAAACAUCUCUACCCAAAAUGUAUCAAUGACAGUUUUAUCAAGUUGACAUGGCAGUCCAGAACCUGAAGCCAUGCAGUUUACUAUCGGGAGGAGUAAAGAAAAGCAGAGGGCUGAGGUAGUAUGAACCAUGUCGCUCCAAGCUUCUCGCAUGUCAGUGUUCACUUUUCAGUCUGCAGUGCACAGCGCACAUGUUCUCCAGUGUCUGGAUGACCAGAGGCAGCGGGACAUCCUUUGUGAUGUGACGGUGUUGGUGGAAAACAGGAGUUUUCGAGCCCACUGCUCUGUCUUGGCUUCCUGCAGUGAAUACUUUCAGAGCAGGGUUACCAAUGUCACCAGACAGAAUACCAUCAUCUCCUUACCUGAUGAGGUGACUGUUCAGGGGUUUGAACCUUUGCUUCAAUUUGCUUACACAUCAAAGCUGCCCUUCACCAAAGAAAACAUUCAUGCCAUUCACAGCAGUGCUGAGUUUUUAGGAUUUAAUGACUUGGAGUCAGCAUGCUUUGAUUUCCUCAUCCCAAAGUUUUCUGAAGGCAAAAGAACCUCACAAGAGGUCCGGCGAAAAGCCUGUUGCCUGAGUCGGGAUUCCAGUGGCAGUUUUGGCCCUAGCGUACAGAGCAGCCAACCAAAAUCAUUUGAGACACACAGCUCACUGCCUUCAAAAGGGAAUGAACAAACAGAUUUCCCAUCCCAGUGUCCUCAGAGCGCACAAGUUCAGACGAACAGCGGGGAAGAACAUUUGUGUUUGGAGAAUUGCGGGCCACAAAUGGCCCCCUUAUCUCUGGAGUUGACAGCAAAUGCCGUGUGCCCCAUGUUGUCUUUGCAGUGCCCAGAUUCUGACAAAGCAGAUCAUUCCUCUCAGUUCUGCGAAAGAGACAUUUUAGAGAUAGGAGAUGUGUGUAAUCAAAGUGAAUUGAGUUUAGCAGACUGUGGCUUACCCUGUGAGCUGUCAACACCAGGGGAUGAGAAUCCGCCAGAACUCAUUGAGCCAACAGGCGAUGUUAAGCACCCUGUCGAGACGCUUGGUGCUGAAACCGACUGCAACCAGGGUUCAUGUCCACUCAACACGUCAGGGGCAGAAGAUUGCAUUGAGUUAUUAGAGCAGCGUAAGGCUGGCCUUGAACAGAAAAUGGAAGAGGAUCUCUCAGACCCGACACUAACUGCUCUAAGCCACGAAGAAGGAACUGGUGAGAGGAGCAGCGUGGAGCGGGAGGUGGCUGAACAUCUGGCAAAGGGAUUUUGGUCUGACCUCUGCCCAUCUCAGGCUCAACCGCUGCCCUUGGAAACCAUUGACCAAAACAAUCUGGGAAAAGCAUCAGACUUUCAUUGGCUUAAGCAGCUAGACCUGAGCUCCAGUGUAGGAGACUGCCCCUUCCUCAGGGACUUUGGGACAGGUGAUGACCCAGCCCCACGCACUGACAGCCUGUCCCAGUCAGAGAAGAGUCCCUACAUGUCCUCGCUCAACUCUGGGGACGACUCAGACCUGGACACAGACGGAGAUACUGAGGCCAACAACAAAAGAGCAGCAGAGAUUCAGCUCCCAUUCCCAGUGGAGCAGAUCUCCGCGCUCAGCCGAAGUGCCUUCCAGCAGCUUCUGAGACACCAUCACCUGACUCAAGAUCAGCUGGAGUUUGUCCAUGACGUCCGUCGACGGAGCAAAAACCGUGUAGCUGCGCAGCGCUGCCGAAAGAGGAAACAAGAUAGCAUACACCAUCUAGAAUGUGAAAUCAAAAGAUUAAAAAGUCAGAAAGAGCGGCUGCUGCAGGAGCGAACUGAGCUGGAGCAAAACCUGGAGGACACGCGGCAGAGUCUGUGCGGGUUAUGUAAGAUUGUCAGCAUCGAGUCUUGCUCUGAUCAGGAUCACUUGCAGCUUCUUGCCAAGGUCUCCUCACCUGAUCCCCACGUCUCCUCCCCUCCCCUUUUGGGUAAAGAUGAGGAGUCUCAGAUCACUAUCAACAUGGUAAGUUGUUCUUCAGAGUGUGACCCAAGCAAGCUGCCUGCUGCCCCAGUUCAAACUGCUGCACCAGAAACGGGCACACAGACAGAGGAGGCAGGUUCUCCACAGAGCUGUCCUGUUUCCACUUCUCUGCUCAAUGUCUGUCUGAACAUGAAGAACACCUUAUAAUUGAACUUAAUGUCAUUCUUAAUCUUCCAGGAUCACGGAGCAGGGGGUGGACUACAGUAUAUACUGUAAUCCCCUUUUGGGAUAUAUAUGCUUUCCUGUGCAUUUCACUGAAUGACUUUCUGCCAGAUGUAGGUAUUUUAAAGUGACUUAACGAAGUUUCAAUUUUCCUUUGCUGUAUUUCUAAUAUGCAUUUUACUGUAGUAAACACAGAAUCCUGUAUUCAUCAUUUUCAAAGUGCAUACAAUGUUCAGGUUAUUCCCAAAUGUUUCCAUUUCUUAAAAUCAAGUUUGUGUUUCUCAGGAAACUCAAAGCCUGACACUGUUUUGAUGGCUAAGAUAAUUCUCACUGCACAUUCAUGCCCCACACACAUACUGUUAUGAAAAGACAUUUCUUUAAUUUUAGGUAAAAUGAGCCUCAUAAUAAUCUAAACACGUUCUGUAUUAUUCUACCACUAUGCUGUUUCUUUGAUAAAAUAUGUACAUUAUGUUUUUUCCAGUGUGUCUGAAAGUUCUACAGGUUAACAUAGGAGAUGAUGUUAUUUGAUGCAAAACGUGCCUUAUACAGUAUUAUAGUAUGAAUACAGAAAGAUAAAUGCAAUCUUUUUAUAUUCUUGUCUCAAGCACUGUUGCACAUUAACCCAGAGCCCAUAUUGAUGGCACUUUUUUACACUAAGGCCUGUCUUUAUGUUGAGUGUUUUUUAUUCUAUGCUUUCAUGGAUUAAAGAUUUAAAUAAACAACAUUUUGUUACCA